AUUUGAUCAUACGGCAAGGACAUAAAGUUAAUUAUAUUGUCAAACCUUCACUUGGUAUAAUCCAAAAACGUUUCAUGUGAGCUCUCUUGACAGAAAAUUUGUCCAUAGCACCUAGCUAAUCACACAAGAGUCUCGUUCAGAAAAUUCUCUCGGGCACGUAGCUUGUUAUAGAAGAUAAAUUUGUUUUAAGCUUCAAAUUGAAAACAACACGAAUGUUAAUAUCCAAUUCAUCAUUAAAUUAUCUUCUAUAAAUACCACAUAAACUCUUGAGUACAAACACAACACAUCUUUCUCGCAUUUAACUGUUCACUAAUCAACUUAAAAAGCAGUUGUUUGUCACAGUUCAUUACCUACAAUGGCUUCCAAAAAUCAGUUAUACUAUAGUAUUGCAUUGACAUUCAUUUUCUGCUUGGGAUUGUGUGCUAUUCAAGUAACUUCUCGCUCUCUCCAAGUUGACUCCAUGUAUGAGAGGCACGAGCAAUGGAUGAGUCAAUAUAGCAAAGUCUAUAAGGAUCCACAAGAAAGGGAGGAACGUCACAAGAUAUUCACAGCAAAUGUGAAUUACAUUGAAGUUUUCAACAAUGAUGCCAAUAACAAGCUAUACAAGUUAGGCAUUAAUCAAUUUGCAGACCUCACCAAUGAAGAGUUCAUAGCAUCUAGAAACAAAUUCAAGGGUCAUAUGUGCUCCUCAAUCGCGAAAACAACUACUUUUAAGUAUGAAAAUGUAAGUGCAAUCCCGUCCACAGUGGAUUGGAGGAAGAAAGGAGCAGUGACACCUGUGAAGAACCAAGGUCAAUGUGGAUGUUGUUGGGCAUUUUCAGCUGUUGCAGCAACCGAAGGAAUUACUAAGUUGAGUACUGGAAAGUUGGUCUCUUUAUCGGAACAAGAACUUGUUGAUUGUGACACAAAAGGUGUGGACCAAGGUUGUGAGGGUGGUCUUAUGGACGAUGCUUUCAAAUUCAUCAUUCAAAAUCACGGACUUAGUACUGAAGCCGCAUACCCUUAUCAAGGUGUUGACGGAACAUGCAAUGCAAACAAAGCGUCCAUUCAUGCAGCUACCAUUACCGGGUAUGAAGAUGUCCCUGCCAACAAUGAGCAGGCAUUGCAAAAAGCUGUCGCAAAUCAACCUAUUUCUGUUGCCAUUGAUGCUAGUGGAUCUGACUUUCAAUUUUACAAAAGCGGUGUCUUUAGUGGUUCAUGUGGAACCGAGUUGGAUCAUGGUGUCACCGCUGUGGGUUAUGGUGUCGGUAAUGAUGGAACCAAGUAUUGGUUGGUUAAGAACUCAUGGGGAACUGAUUGGGGCGAAGAAGGAUACAUUAGGAUGCAAAGGGGAGUGGAUGCCGCUGAAGGACUCUGUGGCAUUGCAAUGCAAGCAUCUUACCCUACUGCUUAAUUCUCAAACUUAAUACUUAAGUUACCUAAACUUUGUAAUUUGAGCAAAACUGUGAUUGAUUGUGCAAUUAUAAGCUACAUUCAUCAUGGUUUCUACAACUAGUUGUGUGUAUAUUCUAUAAAUCUAGCAGUUAUACUUGUGCAUUUAUCAAUACAAUGAAAAAUAUUAAGAGGACAUCUUAUAGUUCACUGUU